ACCUUGGUAACCGUGUUUCCCCUCGUUCGUCUCUUUGUAAUCACAAAUAAUAUAUCUAGGAAUAUAAUAACAAUAACAACAACAAAACAUAUCUAUAUAAAAUUUUAUCAAAAAUAUAAAAUAAACAAUAAACAAAGAAUUUAAAUAAUAAUAAUAUAAACGUCAAAGAGAAAAAAAAAAAGAACAACAAAUAAUAAUAAUAAAAAAAACAUUAUCAACAUUGUUAUACACAUUUGCAUUUGACUAAAAUUGCAAUAAAAAAUUGAUAACAUUAUUUGUCGUUAAUAAUUUAUGAAAAAUUUUUCACACAACGUGGAUGUAUUGACACAAGGACUUAAAUACAGUAUAUCUGGACUAAUGAACCUCGCAAAUCAAACUGCUGAACCUCAGAGUGGUGCUUAUUUUGUUAAUUUUAAUCAAGACUGCACAUCAUUGGCUGUUGGAUCAAAAGCUGGUUAUAAGCUAUUUUCUCUAAACUCUGUUGAUCAGUUGGAGAAAAUUUUUGAAAAUGAUGCGGAGGACAUUUGCAUCGUGGAGAGGCUUUUCAGCAGCAGUCUCAUGGCAGUUGUCAAUUUGUCAUCGCCAAGAAAAUUAAAAGUUUGUCAUUUUAGAAAAGGAACAGAGAUAUGUAACUACAGUUAUUCAAACACAAUAUUGGCUGUAAAACUUAACAGAGCGAGAUUGGUAGUAUGUUUGGAAGAGUCCUUGUAUAUUCACAAUAUACGUGAUAUGAAGGUAUUACACACAAUUCGUGAUACACCACCAAAUGUUGCUGGUCUUUGUAUACUUUCAAUAAACAGUGACAAUUGUUAUCUUGCUUAUCCUGGCUCUAAUACAAUUGGCGAGGUACAAAUCUUUGAUGCCAUCAAUUUGCAAGCAAAAACAAUGAUACCAGCACAUGACAGUCCACUUGCAGCAUUGGCAUUCAGUCCAAAUGGUACAAAAGUUGCUACAGCAUCAGAAAAAGGCACUGUGAUUAGAGUCUUUCAGGUUCAUGAUGGAACAAAAUUAUUUGAGUUUCGUCGUGGUGUUAAACGAUGUGUGUCAAUCAGCAGUCUUGCUUUUAGUAUGGAUUCAAUGUUUUUAUGUUGCUCCAGCAAUACAGAGACUGUUCAUAUAUUCAAAUUAGAAGAACUAAAAGAACCACCGAGACAAGCUCCUGAAGAAGCACAAAGUUGGAUGGGUUAUUUGACAAAAGCUGUAUCAGCAUCUGCAAAUUAUUUACCAUCACAAGUAACUGAUGUUUUUAAUCAAGGACGUGCUUUUGCAAGUGUGCAUCUUCCAUUUCAAGGAUUAAAAAAUGUCUGUGCCAUCACUACAAUACAAAAAGUUUUGAGGCUACUUGUAGCUAAUGCAGAUGGUUAUCUGUAUGUCUACAACUUGGAUCCAAAUGAAGGUGGUGAUUGUACUUUAUUAAAACAACACAGGCUAGAUGGAAAACAAGAUGAAGUUGAUUGUGCCAGUUCAACUGGUGAUCCAACAGUAUCAACAACCCCAGCAAUUCCCAUAGUACAAAAUCAAGUCAACAUAAAUAGCUACGCGGGUGCGUUGCGCGGCCGAUCACCAGACUCCAUGUCAGGUACUGAAUCAGAAAAAUAUCAUGAAAUGAUAGCUGCAACAGAGAGUCCACCAAAAAGUGAUGGAACAUUUCGAUUGGAUGAUGACACUGAAUUUCCACCAGUUACACAGAGAACGGAUUGAAGUGUCAUUAGAUUAACACACAUAUCAAGUGACAAACGAGAAAAAAAAAAACGUGACAUCAAUAAAUAAAUUAAUAAAAUAAUUAAAUUGAAUGACUCAAUAAAUAACAAAAAAGAAAAAAAAAAUCUAAAAAACAAAAAAAAGAUAAAAACUAAAGAAUAUAAGAUAGUAAUAACAACUUUGACAAGAUAAAUUACAUUGAAAGUACAUAAAAAAAAUUAAAAAAAAAUGUUUUAUGUGUUAUUUUAAAAAAUAUAAAAUAAUUUUCAAUUAAACUUGUAUAGUUGUUUAUUAUUUUUAUCUUAUACACGAGAUUGAUCAAUAAAUCUCAAAUAGAAAAAUUGAUCAUUAAAAUCUAUAUGUAUAAAAAUAAAAACACAAAAAAAAAAAUACUAAAAAUCAAAUGAAAUGACAAAAAAAAAAACAAAAAAAAAAAUUAAAACAUAUAAAAAAUAAUAAUUUAAACAAAAAAAAUGUGAAAAAAAUUUGUUCUCUCACAUAAAAUUUGUGUCUAAUUAAUUUUUUUUUUUAGAAAACAGUUGUAAUCCGUGGACUCACGAUCGGUGCCAAUUUUCGAGAUCCACAAAGAUUAAUUAGUAACAACGACGCGUUUUCAAUUUUAAUUAUUGUAAAAUAAUAAAUAAUCUAAUAAAAAUUACUUUGUAAAUUAUAAAUAACUAUUUAAAGUGUUGAAAAUAAUAUUAAUUUUUAUCAACUCUUUAAACAAAAUUUACUACUCGAAAUAAAUAUGUAAAAAAAAAAAAAAAAAAAAAAAUUUAUUAUUAUAAAAAAGUAAAAUAAUUAAUUAGAAAUUUAACAAGCAUAUAAAUAUGCUGUCAAUCAAUUGGCAAGCCAUUUCGACAGUUUUAUACUAACGCGUCUUGUUUAGUAAAAAAUAGUUUUACUUUUAUAAAGAAGAAAAAAAAUUAAUAAGUGAAAAAGAAUAAGUCAAAUUAAUUGAUAAUUAUAAAAUGGAUUUAAAUGAAUUAAAAAUAAAAUCGAAUGUAAAUACAAUUACGAAUGCUUGUGCAUGAACGUUAUUGCAUAAAUAAUAGGCUUCAAUUAAUAUACGUAUAUGAUAAUAUGUAAAAGAUUUUCAUUAUUUACCCAACUCCUUUUUAUUUCAUAUAUCGCUAAACAUAUUGGCAGUUUUUUUUUUCAGAUUUAAAAUUAUUGACAUAUGAGGAAUUAUUUAUUUAUUUUUAUUUAUUCAUUAAAUUUUAUAUUAUCAAUAAUAAUUAUUAUAAAUCAAUGCAUUUAAUGCAAGUUUUAUUUUCUUUUUAUUUUACUACUAUUUGUUGAUGUAGUUGUCUUUAGAACCUGAACAUAUAUUUUGUUGAUUUUUUUUUUGUUAAAAAAAAAAUAACAAUGACGUAACAAAACUGUUUCUAAUGAAUCAUAUCACAUAUUUUUUUUUUUUUAUUAAAGUGAAUGAAUUUAUUUGUCUUUUUUAUAUUUUUAGCGUCAAACGAUAUGAUAUUUAUUUUAUAAAUGAGACAUAUCAAAAGUUUAUAUAAAGAAUAUUACAAAUAUUUGAAGUCUCUUAACUAAACACUGGCUAAAGCAUCCAUACGUUUAUUAUUUUUUUUUUUUAUUUUAAAUUAUGGGCUGGUAUAAAGAGAUAGAUGAUUACAAUAGAGUUUUAUUUUUAUAUAUUUUUUUUUUGUUUUUUUAUUUAUUUUUAAUUAAAUGUAUCAUUUAAUUUGAUGUUUUCAUUUAUUUUUAUUAAUUAUGUUUCAUUUAUCAAUCGACAAUUAUGAUGAAUGUGUAAAAACCACACGAUAGCCAUUAAAAAAAGAGAAAAAAAAAAAAAAAAA